AAAAAUUGGCUUUUUGGGACUAAAACUUCUUAACAAGUUUUAUGUAGCUCCGGUUAGCAUUUCCCAUUCACCAUCAUAUUACAGCAUAGUGAGUAGUGACCGAUACUAGUAAGCGAGUAUUUUGGACACCACACAACAACAAGAUAGAAAACAGAUUUCUCCAUGGAUCUCCAGGAUUUCCUUAUUCGUGCUCGAGUCUUCAAACUUUACAGGCAAGCUUUGAGAGUUGCCGGUCGAGCACCCCCUCCUGCUAGAGGUGAACUGAGGCAAACAAUUAGACAAGAGAUGGAAAAUAAUCGAAACUGCAAUGACAAGCAAAGGAUCCGUUACUUGAUCAGUGAAGGCUUGGAGAGAUUGAAGCGACUAGAUGAAAUGCUUGAUAUGCAAGGUCACCGCUGAUCCACUCAAUGUGUAUGUAGUGUAUCAUUUUGUAAUAAUAACAUAAAAUCCCCAUGCCAAAACUAUAACAAAAUAAUUUAGUCCAUGUGUUUUUUGACAGAUGUUUAAACUAAUAUUAUUUGUUCAUAGUUAGUUUGUCUUGGUCAAGCAUUAUUAUUUAUAUAUUUGGUGGUA